UAUGCUCUUAUUUUGAAAAGUAAACAUCCACCCGGAAGUACUCAGCACCCUGCUCUGCUUUAGACUUGGAGAUGAGCCGAGUUCUGCACAUAUGAGCGCUGUGACGAGAAUAAUGUCGAAGUUCCGCCUGGCUGUGGUCCAGCUGCAGGUGAGCAGCGUCAAAGCGGACAACCUGAGCAAAGUGCGGAGGCUGGUGAAGGAGGCAGCGGAACAGGGCAGCAAAGUGGUGCUGCUGCCGGAAUGCUUCAACUCUCCGUACGGAACUAGCUUCUUCUCCAAGUAUGCUGAGAAGAUCCCAGGAGAAUCCACGCAGAUGCUGUCAGAGGUGGCGAAGGAGAACAAGCUGCAUCUGGUGGGAGGCUCGAUCCCUGAAGAGGACGGAGGGAAGCUGUACAACACCUGCGCCGUGUUUGGUCCUGAAGGAGAGCUGAUUCUCAAACACCGGAAGAUUCACCUGUUCGACAUCGACAUUCCAGGGAAAAUCCGCUUCCAGGAGUCCGAGACGCUGAGCCCCGGGAACAGCCUGUCCACAUUCGACACGCCGUUCUGCCGGGUGGGAGUGGGGAUCUGCUACGACAUGAGGUUCGCGGAGCUCGCUCAGCUCUACAACAGGAAAGGCUGCCAGCUGCUGGUUUACCCCGGAGCCUUCAACAUGACGACAGGCCCCGCCCACUGGGAGCUGCUGCAGAGGGGAAGGGCCCUCGAUAACCAGAUGUAUGUGGCCACGGCGUCGCCUGCCAGAGACGAAGCCGCGUCCUACGUGGCCUGGGGUCACAGCACCGUGGUGAACCCGUGGGGAGAGGUAAUCGCCAAGGCCGGGCCUGAGGAAUCCAUCAUCUACGCUGAUAUCGACCUGCAGUACUUGGCUGACAUCCGGCAGCAGAUCCCAAUCAGCUCCCAGCGUCGGGACGACCUCUACGCCGUGACGGCCGUGCAGCAAGGAUCGGGCUGAACGCUCCAAACAGGAUCACGCUCCUCUAAAUAUGUGAUUUCGGAAAAUCCCAACGUUAAAUAAUCUUGGUUCUUGUCAUCAAGGAGACUGGCUGUUAAUAUUUAGUGCUUGAUGGAGCGAUUGCGUUAGCCAGUCGUGCGUUUGAGUCAGAAGGGGAGCUCUGACUCAGGACCAGCCUUCACGUGAAGAACGACGAACCGGGAGGGAAAACGGUCAAGGAGAACUUUAUUUUAUUUUCAUUUUUCCUCCUGAACCAUUUAAAUGUGUGAUUUGAGCUCGUGUUUAAAUGCCGCAGUUUUACGUGUGUGUUUCUCUGCUCUGGUUGCCCACCCAAAUCCAGGUUAAUAAAAAAUGUUAAAAAAAUCCCAGACUCACUAACUAAAGUGUUGAUUAACUCGGAGAUGCUAAGUAACAGACGGAGCUGUACGACAUGCGAUUCAGAUGCAAUAACAGACACCACAUCUGAAAGAUGUUUUUUUUAAUAAUAAGUCACCAAAGCACCUAUUUGUGGUCAGAAUAAAUCCUUACUUCAGCCCCUUGUGGCUUUAAAAUUUAGGGAAAAAAAGGGAAAUAUCUUAUAAACCUUCACUUAUGGAGGCAUGUCAUUGAUUAAACCAGACAAGCUUUAUUUAGAAAGCAUCCUCUCUAAAUUAAGGGAACUUUAAAAUGUUUACGGACAAUUUAAAGUGCUUCACCUAACGAAGAACAACACACAAUAAAGACAUGCAUAAACUCCAUGGCUAACAGUAGCGCCAAACAUAAAAGUACUGCAAUGCUCCUAAGAACACUGUGUUCAACAUAAAAGUUAGCCAGCGCUUUGUUUAGUUUUUUUUAAUAGAAAUUAUAUUUCUACAAGGCAAAUAAUUUAAUAGAAAUCAGCAGUGGUGACAUAGUAUAAGAAUAUUGGUUGGGCUCCAGUGAGUUUCUUCAUUUCCUGAACAAACAGAAGGGUUUUUGCUCGACUUAAAGGCAGAUUGGGUGAAAGCGGGGAAAAAACAUAAACUAUGCAGCUAACAUGGUUUGAAAUGCUUUACAGCAUGAACCAAAACCAGAACCUUGAAGCAAAAUGAAAAACGUGCGAUCCAAUCGAGGGAUAAAAAAUAGUCACAAUGGAAAAAAGUCACAGCCGGUGAUGGGGGAAGUUUCUUCUGUUACCUAUGAGUACUGUAAGAAUUAAACAGUGUCUGUGUGUAGGCACGUUUUUGGCAAAAAAGCAUCAAUAAUGUCCCAGAGUUGGGGCAAAAAAAAAAAAAACGUU